AUGCCAACUGGAACUGCUGCCAGCCCGGGACAAGUCGUUCUUCCCCAUGUGAUUGAAGAUGAUGGCAGUCUGUCAAUAUCAGCACUCGGAGGGGCCAUGGUAACCCGUGUCCUCCCAGAAGCCACCGCAGACAAGACCCGUGAGUUCCACUUUGAGGUCGUCAUCCACCCGGACCACCCACGGUUGCGCGGUCUCCCCCCGCCGCCCGCCCACUUCCACCCUUACCAAGAGGAGUACUUCCACGUCGUGCAGGGCGCCCUCGGCGUCGAACUCGACGGGGUUGAACGCGUGUUGCGGCCCGAGGACGGCGAGUUGGCGGUCCGCCGCGGCGUGAACCACCGCCUUUGCUUCCCCUCCGGUGAAGAUGCGUCGCUGGAUCCGAUCCGCUUCUACGUCUCGGGCGAGAAGACCGCGACGGCGUUCGCGCUGGACCUGACCUUUCUCGAGAACUGGUACGGCUACCAGGAGGAGGUGGUCGUGCACGGGAAGAAACUGGAUAUGAUACAGGUGCUGUCUAUGUGGGAUACGGGCGGCACCUACCUCACGCUGCCGUGGUGGGUGCCCUUCCGGUCGACGGUCUCGCUGGCCAUGGGCGUGGUGGUGGGUCGUUGGAUCGGAGGCUUGUUGGGCUACCAGCCGUUUCACAGGUGCUGGACCACGGAUUGGGAUCUGGCGUGCGCCAAGAUGGAAACGUCUGUCUUUCAGCGGCGCUUUGCUGACAGAACGAAAACGGCGUGA